AAUUCAAUCCACUAACUAGAAAUCAAAAUUAUUAUUUUUUUUAAAAAAAAAAAUCACAUUUUCAUUAUUUCAUCCUCCAGCCAGUCACCACCACACCAACCAUCCUCCAAAAUCAAAACCCUAAUUUCAAAUCAUGCAAUCAACAAGCAGAGCUGAAGCAGAAAGAUUAUUAGGAAUCGCUGAAAAGCUCUUACAAGGCAAAGAUCUAAAUGGGUGUCGCGAUUUUGCUCUUUUAGCUCAAGAAACCGAGCCUUUAUUAGAUGGGUCUGAUCAGAUCUUAGCCGUUGUUGACGUCUUAUUAGCUUCAGACAAAAGAGUUAACAAUAAACCUGACUGGUAUGCUAUUCUUCAACUUGAUAGUCGUCGUAAUGACGACGAACUGAUUAAAAAACAGUAUAGGAAAUUAGCUUUACUUUUGCACCCUGAUAAGAAUAAAUACCCGUAUGCCGAUUCGGCUUUUCGCCUUGUGGCGGAUGCUUGGGCUGUUUUGUCUGACUCUGUUAGGAAGUCUGGAUAUGAUAAUGAAUUGUUUGCUUUUACUAAAGUAGAUCUUGUUGCUAGUAAUAAGGAUAAAAUGCCCGUUAGACGGAACCCGGGUGAGGUUGGGCCAGGGGCGGGCGUUAGACGUAAUUCGGGUGAGGUUGGGGUGGGGGCGGGGGAGAGGCGAAAUCAGGAAGGGAAUAUAUGGACUACAUGCCCUUAUUGUUAUAAUUUGUAUGAGUAUCCUAAGAUGUAUUUAGGUUGUUGUUUGAGGUGUGUCGGUUGUAAACGUGCCUUUGAGGCGGUGGCGAUACCACCGGAGUCUUUGCCUCCGUUUAUUACGGGGAAAGAAGCGUAUUAUUGUUGUUGGGGGUAUUUUCCAAUGGGUUUUGCAAUGGAGAAUUCGGAGACUGCUAAGACGUUGACUAUACCUAACUGGAUGCCGCCGAUGUUUCCUACUGACGCAAAAGCUUGGCCUUCGGCUGAUUCGUUGCCUGAUGGUAGUAGUGUUCCGUUGGCAAAACCUGGUGAGGGUUUUGUUCCGCCAAUGCAACCGACACCGCCGGUUGCGCAGCCGGUCUUCAGACCGAAUGUGCAACAACGGUCUGCACCACCGACUGUGCAACCAACGGUGCAUAAGGUGACUCCUUCGCCUCCCACUGCAGGAGCUACAGUUCCGAGAAAGAGAGGUAGGCCGAGGAAGAAUCCCCUGUGAACCAGAUUUGAUGAAGGGGAGUCUUUGAAUUUUCAGAAUUUGAUAUCGAAUUGAUGAACAAAUUGAAGUAAUUUGUCCAAUUGAAUCAGAUUAAUUAGGAUUGUUGUUUAGCAUUUGUGUUUUUUUUUUCAUCUUUCAUAGUUGUCGAUGCUUUUGUAGAACUUUUUAUAGAAGCCUAACUAUGAUUGUAGAUGUUAAGAUGUUAAAUUAUCUUGUAAUUUGCAGUAGAAUGAUCUUUGAAUGACUAUUAAAUAUUUAAAUGGUUAAGAAUAUGAUUUCAUUAGUUAUA